GACUAUUAAUAUCUGUCACCCUAGAUUACUCUUUUUUUGCAUCCAGAAUAAAGUACCAUUUCCUUUUAAAAUUGAGAUUGACGCGUCUUAAGUGUCUUUCUUUCUUUGAUGGAUCUGGCCAAGAUAGUUUAACGACCAACAUUGUUAAGGCGACUUUUGAUUUAUCUGAACACAAGCAACAGGCUGAUGAACAUGACAGUUGUGGUCACCUUCUUACAGAGCUCCCUAGCGUUCAAAGUUUGUUAGUACGUCAUACCAAGGUGCGGUCUUUUAGAUUUGGUUUUUCUCUUCCCAUGCUUAAUAUUUUGAGGUCACUGCAAUUUGAUGCAAAAUGCUGCAAAUGGCAUAUACUACCAAGGUUGCUUGAAAGUGCUCCUAAUCUUGAGAAACUUAUUCUUCAUAAGGUGGAUACUGAUGGACCACAUGAGUUGUGCUGUUGGACAGACCCACCGCAUGUUCCCAAAUGUCUAGAAUCAUGCCUUCGGAUAAUUUCUUUAGUAAAAUUUAAAUGCUGGGAACAUGACUUGGAAUUCGUACAAUUUUUUCUGAAGAAUGCAAAAGUCUUGGAAAAAAUGGGAAUUCUUACUGGUUUAUUGGAUUUGGCAGAAAAUACUCGAAUUCUCAAGAAUUUUUCAGAGUUACCAAGGGGUUCUUCUAAGUGUGAACUUUUUCUUCUCAACGGUAUCUUCUCUCUCAAUUGGGCCUUGUUUAGAACUUUAUAUGAUCAAACAGAUCACUGAAAUCAGUCAUCAAAUUAAUCCGGUCCUAGCUCUUUUUAAACAUACUAACAUAGCAUUUUAAAACCCAUUGGCCAUUAGAUUAAUUAACCAUAAUUAAACUAAAAAAAUAUCUAAUUAAACUAAAACUAAUUAGACUAUAAAAAUAAAAGUUGGAAAACCCUACCCUACAUGCCCCAUACUUUUCACUCUCACACUUUCCCCUCUCACAUUCAGACAACCAUAGCCUCCACUCCACACUCCCUCUCACACCAAUCUGCCUCCGCCACCGCCACUCGCCACCCUCUCUUCUCGUUGUGACUAUGGCUGUGCGACGAAAAUGGCAUCAGCAGCAAGGUCUCCACCAUCGCCACCACUCUAAGACAACGUAAACGCCGAGCGCCACCUCCGGGAAGCCGAGGACCAUCUCCACGAAGCCAUAGAGGAGCUCCAAAUCUGCUUGAUCAUCGGCUUCUCAUCUCAAGAGUUAAGACUUAGGGUGAGUCUCUUUUGAAAAUCUUGAUACCCUCUCUCUGUUUUGUGUUGGGUUUUGUUUAAUACUAAAUCUAAAUCAAUAAAGUUAGGGCUUUGAAAAUAGUGAAUCAAAGAUCAAGAUGUUUAUUUUUUCAAGUUUAUAUGCAAAUAAAGUUAGGGAUUUGAAAAAAUGAUAACCCAUGUGCUUGGCUGAAUCUCUGUUUUGUAGUAACAACAUACUAAAUAUUGCAUUUAAAAAAAAAUAUUUG